AUGGGUCAAAAUCAUAACCAGAAUCUAAACAAAAGUCCAAACACAAGCUCUAGCAAAGCAGGGUCGAUGACACAUAAGCGGUGCUACAAGUGUCAGGGUCUUGGGCAUAUUGCUACAGCUUGUCCAAACCGACAAAUCAUUACAAUUGUAGAAGAAGAUCAUGGUCCCGUAUUCGAUGAAUAUGGGGAUGAUAAUGAGGAGCAUGUUUCUGAUAAAGAAGAGGUUACUUAUGGUGACUGUGGGGAGGCGUUAGUGGUUAGGAGAACCUUAAGUCUGGCAACAGAAGAUGAAUUAUGGCUGAGACACAACAUUUUCCAUACUAAAUGUACUUGUGAAGGUAAGGUCUGCAAUGUCAUUAUAGAUGGAGGUAGCUGUGAAAAUGUAGUUUCCACAACCAUGGUUCAUAAGCUGAACUUAAAGACCGAAGAUCAUCCCCACCCUUAUAAAUUGUCAUGGUUUAAGAAGGGCAAUGAAGUGAAGGUAACUAAGAGGUGCUUGGUGAAAUUCUCUAUCGGGAAGAGGUAUGCUGAUGAGAUAUUAUGCGAUGUGGUCCCAAUGGAUGCUUGUCAUCUUUUACUUGGCAGACCGUGGCAAUUCGACCGCAAGGCAAAACAUGAUGGUUAUAAGAACACAUAUACUUUCCAGAAGGAAGGUAUGACUAUUAUCCUUGGUCCAUCUGAUCUUAGAAAAGAGAUGAAAAGUUAUUUAUUGUCCCGGGCAGAUUUUCUUGCUGAAGUACAUAAUGCAACAUGUAUGUUUGCCAUGGUUGUUUUGGAGUCUAACAACAUUGUUACCAAUAUUCCUUAUCAAAUCACAUCAUUACUAGAAGAAUUUCAGGACGUGGUACCGGCUGAGUUACCAUCAAGGCUACCCCCUAUGCGCGACAUUCAACAUUGUAUAGACUUUGUACCAGGUUUUGUUAUUCCUCACAAAGCCGCAUAUAGAAUGAAUCCUAAAGAACAUGAAGAGUUGCAAAGACAAGUACUGGAGCUGCUAGAUAAAGGAUGUAUUAGAGAAAGUUUGAGCCCGUGCGCAAUACCACACUUUGCGAUUCCGAGGUUUGAUGACCUCAUUGACCAGUUACAUGGAGCAACAAUAUUUUCAAGGAUUGAUCUGCGUAGUGGGUACCAUCAGAUUCGAGUCAGACCUGGAGAUGAGUGGAAGAUGACAUUUAAAACUCACGAUGGGUUAUACGAGUGGAUGGUGAUGCCGUUCGGGUUGUCUAACGCCCCAAGUAAUUUUAUGCGCCUAAUGAAUCAGGUUUUUCGGUCAUUUAUUGGUAAGUUUUUGGUUAUAUAUUUCGAUGACAUAUUAGUGUUUAGCACCAGUCUGGAUUUUCACAUUCAUCAUCUCAGACAAGUCUUUGAGGUCUUACAAGCUCAAAAACUAUAUGCUAACAUUAAAAAGCGUCAUUUUCUUUCCAAUGAAGUAUUGUUUUUGGGGUAUAUUGUGUCUAAAGAAGGUAUUCGUAUGGACCCCGAUAAGGUUGAGGCUAUCAUUAGUUGGCCAACACCAAAGAACAUUCAUGAGAUCCGUAGCUUUCAUGGCCUCGCUUCAUUCUAUCGACGAUUUAUUUGCAACUUUAGUACCAUCAUAUCACCAAUCACAGAGUGUUUAAAGGGCAACAAAUUUUGUUGGACACAAGAGGCUGAUGAAGCUUUCGGGGUACUGAAAAAGAAGUCAGAAGUGGAACAUUGGCACCAUUACCUUAUCUCUAAGGAGUUCAUUUUGUAUUCCGACCAUGAGGCGCUAAAGUACAUCAACGGACAACAGAACUUGAGGCUGCGUCAUGCUAAAUGGGUCGAAUACUUACAAGUUUAUAGUUUUUCAAUCAAGCACAAGGCUGGAGAACUUAAUAAGGUAGCUGAUGCUUUAAGCCGCCGCCAUGCACUGCUGUCAACUAUGCAAGUUCAAGCUGUCGGGUUCGAAUCAUUGAAGGAGUUCUAUGGUGAUGAUUCAAACUUUGCUAGUAUAUGGCACAAGUUUCAGGACAAACCCUAUCAACAUUUUAUCAUACAAGAUGGGUUUCUUUUCAAGGGUAACCGACUAUGCAUUCCUAAAUGUUCAUUACGAGAGUCAAUCAUAUUAGAGGCUCAUGCUGGAGGAUUAGCAGGACAUUUUGGGAUUAACAAGAUCAGAUCGCAUAAUCGUACCACAUGGAAGACUCCAUUUGAAGUUGUAUAUGGUGUGAAUCCCAUUACUCCACUCGACCUCACACCACUAUUGACUUCCACUAACUUUAGUUCUGAUGGUGAAGAGCGUGCUCGACAGGUUAAAGAAUUGCAUGAACAAGUUCGCGCCAAUAUUGAGAAAAAUAAUCUGAAGUAUAAGGAACAUGUUAAUAAACGUCGCAAGCAAGUCAUCUUUGAGGAUGGAGAUUUAGUAUGGAUUCGACUCGGUAAAGAGAGAUUCCCAGCUAGCAGGUUUGGAAAGUUACAACCCCGAGCUGAUGGACCGUUUCGAGUACUAAAACGAAUUAAUGAGAAUGCUUACAAGAUCGCCUUACCUGGAAAGUACAAUGUAUCAGCGACAUUUAAUGUGUCAGAUUUAUCUCCUUAUGUCACAGAUGAAGAAGCCAGCAGCACAGAGGCCAUUGAUAAUGAUCAGCCAGAUUCGAGGGCAAAUCUUUUCUUAGCAGGGGAGUAUGGUGUAAAAAAGGAGUAA